GCAGAGGGCUGUCUCACCUGCUGAAACGCACUUGACCAUUCAGCACAACAGAGCCAUCUCGCGCUCUCACCUCCAAUUAAUAUCCACGCCUGCGAGGUCAGCGCUUCGUUUUCGCUUCUUCGGGUUUGUUUUGCUUUACCUCCUGCUUCCUUCUGAUGCGACGAGCCUGGUUAUCCUACCGUGCCCCCUGCGUAUGGAUCGUCUCUGCCCGAGUAGGCGAACAAAGCGCAUCAAGUCUCUCCAGAGAGCUGCCUCCCCCCAAAAUCAGGGAUUUUUGUCUGUAAGUAGGCUGCUCAGGAUAACCAUUUGGCAUCGUCGCUUGUUUUUGCUGUUGUUAGGCUGCCCUGUGUGUAAUUCACUUGGAAAGAACGCGCUGUUAAAGAUGGAUACGCUUUUUCUUAGCCCGACGGAUAGGCAUUUAAUUUAGGGAACAUCCGAUCCCACUGUUGGACAAAAAUAAUGGCAAGAUUUUGGAUAGCGCCGGACACGUUAUUGGUUUCCUGGGAGUAGAACAGGCCUGUGUCGAUGCUCGAAAACAAACAAAACAGCUCAGCGUACAUACAGACAUUUUAUUUCCCAAGACGUGAAUUACUAUAUGUCCAAAAUCCAUCCGUGCACUGAUCAAAUAUACUGACGAGCACAUCACCGACAGCAACUAUGGAGCACACCGGGAUCGAGGAGGUGAACCAGACGCACCAGCAGCAGCAUGAGCCCAUCAGCUUCGGCAUCGACCAGAUCCUCAACAGCUCAGAUCAGUCCAGCGGCUGCAUGCUGCCCAACCGGACCGGCGACCCGGAUUACGCGCUGGCCCCCAACGUCUACAGCAACGGCUACAACAGCGUCUACAACCCGGCCUGCUCCAUGGCGGCGGGUCUGGCCGGCUCCUACAACGUCAACAUGAACAUGAACGUCAGUAUGAACAUGAAUAUGAACGUUAACGUGAACUCCGGAGGCGCGGGUGGGGUGAUUCGGGUGCCGGCGCACAGACCCAUGCCUCCUCCGCCGCCGCCGCCCGCCGCCGCCGCGCCUCAUCCGCCCCCUUCCACGCAUCCGCCGGGCAUCGGACCCGGCAUCCCCUCGGUGCCUGGGAUGGGGAUGGGGAACGCAGCGAACUUCACCUUUCCGUGGAUGGAGAGCAGUAGGAGGUUUGCCAAGGACAGAUUAACAGGGGAGCAGGCAGAGGAGAGCCGAGCCGGAGAGGCCACAGGGGGCCCGGGGGCCGCCGGGUCCCUCUGUCCUCUCCCCAAGGGAGACAUCGGCAGGGUCCCUGUCUGGAGCACGGUGGAGACAUUAGCCAAAUGCUAUUACCCCGAGCUUGCUCACCUGCGAGACGGCAAUGGCCUUCUAGCAGACUAUCCGUUCCCAAAGGGGGCUUGCCCAGCUGCCCUCUCGCCCUUCUCCGUGACCCGUCGUAUCGGCCACCCGUACCAAAACCGGACGCCGCCAAAGAGGAAAAAGCCUCGCACCUCCUUCAGCCGUGUGCAGAUCUGCGAGCUGGAGAAACGUUUUCACCGGCAGAAGUACCUGGCAUCGGCUGAGCGUGCCACGUUGGCCAAAGCUCUGAAGAUGACGGAUGCACAAGUUAAGACCUGGUUUCAGAACAGACGGACAAAAUGGCGGAGACAGACUGCAGAGGAGAGAGAGGCUGAGAGGCAGCAGGCCAACCGGCUGAUGCUGCAGCUUCAGCAGGAAGCUUUCCAGAAGACGUUGAGCCAGCCGCUGCAGCCGGACCCGCUCUGCCUGCACAACUCCUCCCUCUACGCCCUGCAGAACCUGCAGCCCUGGGCAGAAGACAAUAAGCUGUCGGUCUAAAAGAGAGGAGGGCACUUUAUCCCUAAGUGCCAGGAAACAAAUGGACACCUCUGUACAUGCCCAACUAUCAAGACUGUCCUCACUUUUGCCUCUGGAUCCCCCACACGGCAGCAGAGACUCUCUGCCGAUAAUGGCAAAAAAAAGACCUCCUGUUUUUCGCUUUUGACUUUGUACAAUGUAGUAAAUGCAUGUUUCAACCCUUUUCUGUGUGCACUCGGAAGUACCGCUGAAGUCAGCCGCUGUCGAGGUGGACCUCCUCCCCAGCCGCAGUGUUCAAGUGGUAGUGGAUUGGUGAAAGUCCUGAUCACGGAUUCCUCAUUAUGUUGAAUUGAAAGGUGUUUUAUAUUAAAUGAUAUUGUGACUUUUUGAAAAGAUGACAAA